CAACCAGAAGGCUGCUGGGCCACUGUUUCUUGGUGAACUAGACUUAUCGUAAUUCCGAGUCGAGAUGCCGGAAGCCAAAUCAUGUGACCACUGUCGCUCUCGAAAGGUGAGGUGUGAUGGUGUCCACCCUCGGUGCGGCGCCUGCGUGAGGCGCCAGCAGAAUUGCGUAUACGGUCGAGAUUCUAGGUUCAGGCAUGGAAUGCGCCGCCGACGGAGAGCUCGCAUAUCCGAACUGUCGGCACGCACCUCAGACCUGAUUUCAGCACCUGGAGAGGCGGAAUAUGAAUCUAGAGUUGAUUUUCCGCGUCCUCCGUUCCUUUCCAGCCCACUAAACUCGGGGUCUCCGGCAACAUCGUAUCUCGAUGAUGCUUUAUUGGUGGUCGGAGACGGCAAUUCGACCAACGCUUGUCCUGCAGAUCUUGAUGUCUUACCAACUAAGGAAUAUGGGACUGUUCAUCCAGCAGCGAAUGAACAUCACGAAAACGGCGGUCAAGCGCAUAACAGCACAGAAGGGCACUCUACGCAAACCAAGAGGUGUAUUCUGGAUUAUUUUCGCAAUGUAUAUUCCUCCAGCUCUAUGUUGGCAAUGCCACUAGAUUCAUCUGCAACUGAAAUUAGAAAGGCACGUCUGGUUUCCAACGCGGCCUUGAGGCGACAACAGGAAUCGAUGAUACUCCAACCUGGAGGACCGUUGCUCGAUAUUGAUUUCGAUAACGAUUCGGAUUCGGCUUUGCAUCUAUUGCGUUUGCACUGGAAUAGAAUUGAUCUACCUCGCCUUGUCACUUACAGGCCUGCAUUCACCGACAGCCUGAUCAACGGGGGCCCUUAUGUUAAUAAGAUACUUCUGAACGGUAUUUAUUAUUCAAGCUCGGUAAUCAGUGAGAGCGAGUCGUUUCUCUAUGAUUCACGUCACCCGAAAUCUGACGGAUCGAGCUAUUAUUCUAAAUUUUGCGAGCACCUUCGCCUGCAUCCAGAUCAACCAAGUUUUGCAACUGCCAUGGGUUUGGUUAUUUGCGCCACAUCGCUGCUUUCUCAGGGGCUCACACACGAAUGUAUGGAACUUUAUGGCAAGGCCCGCCGUAUGUUUGUAGAAUUAGAAUAUCAAUUGCGUGUGGAUACCAAAGAAAUUUCUCCCAACUUUGAGAAAUUGUCCGCUGAAAUUGAAAUGGAGAUGCUAAAUCGUCUGCGCUUUGGCGUGUUUGCCCUCGAUACCUUGAUUCGUUUAUACAUCGGGCCUUUGCGGACUAGUCCAAUACCAAUACCUCCUUCAGUCGAGCUUUUAGACUCUUUUGAAGAGCUCGAAGAGUGGGUGCCCUAUGUUGCCAGCCACUACCCGUCCCACCUCUCCAUUCGAACAUUUAACCCCUUACCCACCCGUGCUGUCUCUAUAUUUACCGCUCAGAUUCACUUGUACCAAAUAUUUUCCGAUUUUCUACAAACUUUUUUCAUCGACAAAGAUUUCACGGCCAAUGAAUAUGCAUCUCGUUGGGUAUCAAGAGAAGCUCUUGAAAGCCGACUCGAGUCAUGGAGACUAGGACUACCUUCUGACCUUCAAAUAGAUUGUGUUCAAAGUCGAGAUUUUUCACCUCAUCAUCUUGAUCUCUUAGCAAGCUAUCAUACCUUGAAAAUCCUGUUACAAAGGCCGUUCCUAGAACAGGAAAGUCUCAGAGCUUUGCUAAGCGAUGAAAGCCGUAUCUUACUCGAAAAUAUAUGCAAUGAAAAUGCUCUGGAAAUCUGUCGAGUACUCACAAAGUAUAGAGAAACUUUCUCAUUUCAAAGAGCAUCAUUGAUAACUUCAUUCUCUGCAUAUACAGCCUUUGUAGCCUUGAAAGAACGUUGCCAAUCAGAUCGAACUUCAGCAAUUAAUAAGAACGCCGCUUGGUGUAGUAUGUUUGAGUUACAGCUGGGACCCAACCCAGGUCUUCAGAAAGUUUUGACGAGCCUAAGUAGCUUACCGAACUCUGAAAUAAGCUCUGCAGCACUAAACUCUCGCUCUGACUCAAUAAUCCAAAGACAAAAAACAACCGGCCCUGCGGUGUACGAUCCAAUUGAUAAUGAACAGCCCAAUUCUACUAGCAGUGAAAAGGACUUAGCGGAAAUCACUGAAUUUGUGAACUUAUGGUGUGCAGACGGGGAUGACUGCUCAGCAUGGAUGCAAGAGACCCUUGAGAUGGCGACAUCAACUCCCAUUUUGUAUGAUACACUGAAAGCCAUUGCCAAAUUAUAUUUUGGUGAGACAACGAAAAACCCGGAGAUGGCAGAUAUCGGACAACAAGUGUAUAUAAAGGUCCUAAGAUGGGUUCACUCCGAGCUCAAUGAUUCCAACACCGAUACGAGAAUUGAGCUUUUGAUCAUCGUUGUGGUUCUAGCUAUGCUCGAAUUAUACCGACCUCGUGGAGAAAGCUCCAUGAGUCAACAUUGGACUGCCUCACUUGCUAUAUUGGAGCGAAGAGGACCACUACGACACACAACUGGUAUUGCACAUAAAUUGUUCGUGGAUCUGAGAUAUCAUUGGGCCAUUCAUUUUUUGAGGUCGCGACGAUCAAGCUUUCUCUCCCAAGAAGAAUGGAAAACCCUGCCCUGGGAGAAACCGGACAAGAAAGACGCGCUCCAGAGCUUGUUAGAUGAGGUACUCGAAAUUCCUGCACUUUUGGAGCAAUUUGAAGAAUACAAGUCACUUGUGGCAUCCAAAAGCUUGUCCUCUUCUGAGGACCAUAUUAUGAAAGAAGCUCUGUGGGCGCGGGCCGAUUAUAUUCAAACUCAACUCAACCAGUGGAAAAACUGUUACGCUGCCACAUACCCCCAUGGUUCGCAAUUUAAAGUUCCAGAAGCGAAUUCCAUCCCCUCACGACCAGCUUUUCGCCGUUGGGACUCGAAAAAAUCGAAAAUUGUCACUCCAAAUCCCAUCUUUUAUCCCAGCUCAAUGCUUGCUCACAGCAUGUUUGAAGCUGCUCGAAGUUCGAUACCCAGAAAAUUUAUCCAAGCAAAAUGA